AUGUCGCUCCCGGCCAAUUACACCGCGCUGCUCAACGAUCUCAAUCGUGAUGUCGCAAGAGCACGUCCAAGCGACCCCCUCCAGUUUUGCGCAAACUGGUUCAAUGCAAAGCUCGAGGAGCAGCGUCGAGCUUACCUCGCCUCGACACCUUUCUCCACCACCUCGUUUUCCUCCACCUCUCUGGGUCCUGGAGAUGUCGUAGCGCCCGUUGUUCCAGGACUCGCUUCGCCUACACAGCGUGCUUCAAUCUUCAACUCGGACCCGUUUGCCCCUGGUGCUGGUGGCGGUGCAGCUCUGCCUGCUGCUUCCCUCCCUGUGCCCAUGGAUGCUCAGUCGCCCGACGCCGCGCCCGCGUCAGCGACACCGUUCUCCAGCUUUCCUCCCUCGGGAUCUACCACCAUCUCGAACGCGCCCCUCAUCCCUCCCACCUUCAAUCUCGGCAGACGCACUUCGGUCUCGGCAGAGAGCAUGGCUCCUUCGGCAGUCAACGCCGAGUCGGACGGAUCGCCCCUGCCCAAGACCGUCAUUCCGAAAUCGGAAGAGCAGAUGCAGAGGAUCCGCGGCUCGAUCGGCAACAACCUGCUGUUCCGCAACCUCGAGCAGGACCAGUACCGCGACGUCUUGCUCGCCAUGAAGGAGGUCAAGGUCGAAGCCGACGUCACCGUCAUCGAACAGGGCGCUCAGGGAGACUACUUCUACGUGGUCGAAUCCGGAACGCUGGACGUCUACGUCCGUGCUUCACCGCGCAACGGCACUCCCGAGCCAGCCUCGUCCACAUCCACAGCCGGCUCCGCCCUCGGCGACAAGAAGGUCUCGUACGGCCCUGGCUCGUCGUUUGGUGAGCUGGCGCUGCUGUACGCCCAGCCUCGCGCUGCCACUGUGCUUUCGACCUCGGCGUGUACGCUGUGGGCUCUGGACCGAAUCACCUUCCGUUCGAUUCUCAUGGAGACCAACUCGAGGCGAAGGGCGCUGUACGAAAAGUUCCUCAUGGACGUUCCGCUGUUCGAGCGCCUCUCGGCUGCCGAGCGUGCCAAGAUCUCGGACAGUCUCGAGCUGCGAGAGUAUGCGCCCGGCGAGGCGGUGAUUUCUCAGGGCGAGCGUGGAUCCGAGUUCUUCAUCAUUGUCGAGGGCGAUGCAGAGGUACGCAAGACCAAGGAAGGUGGCAACGAGGAGGUGGUGGGCAAGCUCUCGAGGGGAGACUACUUUGGCGAGCUUGCGUUGCUCAACAAUGCACCGCGCGCGGCUACGGUGGCUGCUUCGGGUGCAGCGGCGGCCAAGUUGAGGGUGGUGACGAUGAGCGAGAGGGCGUUUACGAGGUUGUUGGGUCCGCUGGCGGGGAUCUUGGAGAGGCAUGCAAAGGAGAGGUAUGGCGACGAGUAUUCGGUGGGUCAGGCGGCCGCGUCAUUCUUCCGUCCGGAUUGCAUCCCGCCAUUUCGGAACACGCGCUUGUCGUCCAUCUACCACAUUCAUCCUCCUCUUCGUCGCUAUCGUCGUCAUACCGUCGUCAUCGCUUUCCACCUUACCACCAUUGUCACGUUCCCCAUCCGCCUUUGUCCGCUUCAGUUCCUCUUGCCGAGCUUCUGA